AAGCUAGGGCAGCUUCAGUUCAAACUCAGCAGCCUAUCUAUUACAUAUAUGUUACUUCAUUAUAUAACUUGCUGAUCAUUUUUGGGUAUCCUCUGUGAGAAAAGCAUCCAAAAACCAGAGUUAUUUCACAGCUAGCAAUAAAAGGUGUACUUCGAUGGCGCCCCCCGAUCGAAAUGAUCUUGAACUUGGGAUCACACGGGAUGCACAGGGAUCUCAACCAUUGCUUUCUUCUGAUGCAGGCCAACCCUUCCAAGAUUACCAUCUAUGUCUACAAAAAGCUUGUCUCCGUGGUGAUUGGAAAGCUUCUGAACAAAUCCAUGCAAGACAUUCUGAUUGUUUCCAUGAGAAAAUUUCGAGAAAUGGUGAUACUGCUCUGCAUAUAGCAGCAGCAGCUGGGCGCUAUAGUUUCGUGAAGCAAUUACUAGCAUAUGCCCAAUCAACUGGCCAACAAUUGGAUUUGGGGCUGCGUAAUGAUGAAGGAAAUACCGCCUUCUUUUUAGCUGCUGCAUCGGGUGUGGUUGAAAUUGUGGAGGAGAUGCAAGUUCUUAACCGAAAUCUUGUUAACAUUACUGGUAGCAAAGGAAUGAAACCAAUUCAAAUUGCUGUCUUGCAAGGCCAUGAGAAGAUGGUCAAUCAUCUCAUGCCUGAUUGUUUUGAACAUUUAUUGAACGAGGAACGUACCGAUCUACUUAUUGCUACCCUCGAAAAAGAUCUUUAUGAUGUGGCCUUGACUAUCUUAAAAGAAGAUGGAGACGAUGGAUUAGCCACUAGACGGAAUGGAAACUCGCUUACGCCAUUACACGUCUUGGCUAGAAAGACCCAAACGGAGAGCCAUAGUCACCUCAACUACAAUUGGAAUUGGAACCCUCUGAGAAAGCAACACCAAGAUCACCGCAAACAUGAACUUGUUGAGCACCUAUGGAAAAGAGUCAUAGAAACCAAAAAUCAUCAGAAAAUCUCCGAUAUGUUAUCAUUCCCUCAGCCUGAACUGCUCUUUGUUGCGAUACAGAUGGGAAACUACGAGUUUGUCACAACCCUCAUCCGGCAUUACCCAGAUCUAAUAUGGGAAAAGGACCAUAAGAGUAGAACCAUAUUUCACGCUGCUGUUGAGUACCGUCAAGAGGAGAUCUUUAGUCAUAUUUUUCAACUAGAAGGUAUUAGGCAUUUGCUUACCGCUUACAUGAAUCCUUUUAAUGGAAAUAACAUUCUUCACUUAGCAGCCUCCUUACCUGAGCCUGAUAUACUUGAUAGCGCGUCUGGUGCAGCUCUUCAAAUGCAGCGUGAGCUCCUAUGGUUUCAGGCAGUUGAAAAUAUAGUACCACGCCAAUAUGCUCAUUCAGAGAAUUCUAUCUUAACACAAAUAAGCGAUACAGAAGCAACCGAAAGCAAUGAAACGCCACGAGAGAUGUUCAAUAGAGAACAUGCACAUCUUAGGAUAGAAGGGGAGAAAUGGAUGCGGAAGACCUCGACUUCAUGUAUGGUAGUCGCAACUCUUGUCGCGACCAUAGUUUUUCAAGCAAUCUUUCAGCCACCGAACAAAGGAAACAAUGAGAAACUCUUUUGGGCGUUUGUCAUCUCAGAUGCAUUCUCUUUGUUGUCAUCAGCUGCAUCAAUAUUAACAUUCCUUUCAAUUCUGACAUCAACGUAUGCGGAAGAGGAUUUCUUAGUAUCACUACCAUUGAAAUUGAUGGUUGGUCUUGCUAUGCUUCUCUUCUCCAUAUUGACAAUACUACUAGUUUUUACUAUAUCAAUCAUUAUCCUUUUGCCUUACAAAUCUGUGUGGAUUAUUGUUGCUGUGUUUGCUUGGUUCACCGGCGUUGUCUAUAUUCGGCUGCAUUUUCCGUUGUUGGUUGUUGUUUAUCGGUCUACUUUCGGAACUAAAUAUCUUUUCCGUCCUCAACAUGAGCUAUUCCGGGAUUAGUGCAGAACAAACUCGUAUGAUGUAGUCAACUUCACACGACCUGUAUUACUGUAUAUAUUGUGAUUUAUGAUAUAAAUUUAAGGCAAUUUUAUUGUAACAACGUCACUUUGAUAACAUGUUUACUUUUCUAAUUACCCUAGCGCCUCUCCUUCAGGGAUCUCUAAAUCGAUAAAAACAAAAAUACAUGUACGUGUACAAUAAGAAGACAUAUCGCCUGAUAGAAAUUCGAGGACGCACGUGUAAGUUUUGAUGGGCAUGGAUAAUAUAA